UCUCCUCUCCUCUCCUUUCCCCUCCUCUCCUCUCCUCUCCCGUCUGCUGCCAGGCAGACACAAACGAGAGCGGAGGAAAGCUCACGACUCACCGCCGACCAGAAGAACUAACCGUCUGACUCCCAAACCCCGUUUUUCAGAUUCCCGAGCAGAAAAAAAUCUCCGGAGUUGACCUGAAAAUCUGCGGAUUGAAGAGGACAAGCGUAAAGCCGAGCUACAAAGGAACUCUUAAUAAAUGAGCUGAAGUGUCAAAAGGAUUUCUUUCUCUUUUCGGUUUACUCUUGUUGGCGUGCAGGAAUGAUGCGUGCUUCACUGGACUUAUAACCGACCAGGCUGAUGAAACACUUUGUUAACCCAUUUUUUCCUUUGCUUUACUGCAACCCACUGAACCCGCAAAACAUCACUGUGCUGUGGUGAUGGACCUUCGUGUUGACAUCUUGGUUACGCACGCUUUUGAGUCGCCCUGAUUUAUUGCUUAUGUGAAAUGCAUUACUUCUGCUCGCAAUUCCUGCUCGUCUGACUUUUUAUUAAAGAGCGGCAGAUGCUCAAAAUGUCUUUCCAUCAGUCUGCAUAAGGGAUGGCGACCAAACUGCACCAAAUCCGAGAGUGGCUAUCUACACCUUUGCACCUGUUCGGGUGGAUAACGACAGUUUGUGCCACAGGUGAAUGAACAUCGGCUCAGGUUUGCGAGUGUUUUUAAGCUGUUUUCUGACUCUGGUAAUCAAGCUCGAGCUUUGUUGCACAGUGACAAUGGAUCUCAAAGUAGAUACCGAAGAAAUAGACGCAAAUCAACCUCCACCCAUAGAAGUUUUUGCGCACAGCUCGACGCUGCACGGGAUCUCUCACAUUUUCACGUACGAGCGGUUCUGCAUCAAGCGCUGUCUGUGGGUCGUGUUUUUCUUGGGCUCUCUGACCUUCUUGCUGUACGUGUGCGUGGACCGGAUCCACUUCUACCUCGAGUACCCGCACGUCACCAAACUGGAUGAGGUGACGACCCCGAUCAUGACGUUCCCCGCGGUCACCUUUUGCAACCUGAACGCGUUCCGCUUCAGCCGGGUGACGCGCAAUGACCUUUACCACGCAGGGGAGCUGCUAGCCCUGCUCAACCAGAGGUAUGAGAUCAGGGACAUACAUCUUGUGGAGGAAAGCGUUUUGGAGAGCCUAAAGGUAAAGGCAGAUUUCCAUAAUUUCAAGCCGCGACCCUUCAACAUGCGGGAAUUCUACGACCGCACCGGUCACGACAUCAACGACAUGCUGCUCUCCUGCCACUUUCACGGCACCGAGUGCAGAGCGGAGGACUUCAAAGUGGUCUUCACUCGCUACGGGAAGUGUUACACGUUUAAUUCCGGUGAUGAUGGACGCCCUCCCCUCAUCACCACAAAGGGAGGUAUGGGUAAUGGACUGGAGGUCAUGCUGGACAUUCAGCAGGAUGAAUACCUGCCUAUCUGGGGAGAAACAGAUGAGACAUCAUUUGAAGCUGGGGUCAAAGUUCAGAUCCACAGUCAGGACGAGCCAUCCUUCAUUGACCAGCUCGGGUUCGGAGUGGCACCCGGGUUUCAGACGUUUGUUUCCUGUCAGGAACAGAGGCUGAUAUACCUUCCCCCACCCUGGGGAGACUGUAAGGUGACAGCCAUGGAUUCAGACUUCUUUGAUAGUUACAGCAUCACAGCCUGUCGCAUUGACUGUGAAACACGCUACCUGGUGGACAACUGCAACUGCCGCAUGGUGCACAUGCCUGGCGACGCACCCUACUGCACCCCCGAGCUGUACAAAGAAUGUGCUGACCCAGCCCUUGAUUUCCUGGUGGAGAGAGACAACGAUUUCUGUGUGUGUGAGACGCCAUGUAACAUGACCAGAUACAGCAAAGAGCUGUCCUUCGUCAAGAUCCCCAGCAAGGCCUCUGCUAAAUAUCUUGCAAAGAAAUACAACAAAUCUGAGCAGUAUAUUAAGGAGAAUCUCCUGGUUUUGGACAUAUUUUUUGAGGCUCUCAACUACGAAACUAUUGAACAGAAGAAGGCUUAUGAAGUGGCUGGACUUUUAGGUGAUAUUGGUGGUCAAAUGGGACUUUUUAUCGGGGCAAGCAUACUCACCAUUUUGGAGAUAUUUGACUACCUUUAUGAGGUGAUAAAGUACAAGCUGUGUGGCUGCUCUGAUAAGAAGCACAAGCACACACACAACAACGACCAGGGCACGGUCCUGAGCUUAGACGAUGUCAAGUGUCACGUCAGUAACUUUCACUAGGCUUCUGCAGCCGCGAAGAGGGAGCCGCCACACUAUCUUGUAGCUGAGCAGUUUUGUGGACUUUGUUCAUUGCAGUUUGCCAGACUGCAAAAGCAACAGGGAAAGUGUCUGAACUGUGCCGGUUUAAGGUUUGUGAGCUACAAAGUAGCUACAGGAGAAGCUACACAGACAGCAGGGCAGCAGAAACCAUUGAUCAACAUGUUUUGAUAAAUAAAAAAUGUCAGAAUAACUGCAUGGUCAUCUGUAAACAGCUUUUCAAGACAUAGUAACAGAUACAGUAAAUGGGGGCAUGAACUAAGCUAAGGUUCAAUAAAUCAGCAUUAGAAUUCCCAGCUAUGUGGUGGCUUUGUCAUCUGUUAUUGUGAAGGAUUUUUUAGUAUAAUAAUUGAUGUGACAAAUUCAUUUUUACUCACAAUAAUAAAUGUUAUUUAUUAUUUUAGGUAAUUUAUUUGUGUUUUUUUUUUAGGUAUUUGGAUCUGUCAGCACUACACAAUCUUUUCACUUUUGUCCAUUGAGGUUUGCUUUCAUCACUCUUUUGUUCUUGACUUUCCCCCUCUAUUCCCACCAACUGUCCAUUUUUAUAUUAAUGUCCUCCAGCUUCAUCUUAGGACAGUUCCCUUGUUAAAAACCUGAGCAUUUUGCCAAUAUAUUGUACUACCUCAUCUUGCAAGGGUGACAGUGCCCGGAAGGAUUUACGAGCCAAGCAAAUCAAUAACAAAAAGGUCAUUUUCGUGUAUGGAAAUAGCAGGGCAGGUUGAAAAAAAUCUGGCAUUAAAGCGUAACAUUUGCUGAACAGCAGUCAUAGACCUUUGUAACAGCAGACAUUGUGACAUGUCACAGUAAAAAAAAAAAAAACAGAGGUGUUUUUGCUUCAGGCUCCUGGUAUUGCACAUGCUUACUCACUGUGUCACAGUCAUGGCUGACUGGGACACUUGAACAGAGCUAUUAUUAAUGCUAUUAGUAACACUUGAGGUUUUCAAUGACAAGUCAAAAAGUCUGCUGUAAAAAAGGUUCCGGUUAAGGGACAUUUCUAGGAUAAUGGUAAAUACUAGUAUGUAGUAUAAAAGAAACACAAGCAGGAGAGUCAUUAAAACAGACAUCAAUUAUCCAUUAUGAGCCACUGGUGAUACCAGACCAAGUAAGGCUAUAGCAGCAAAAUCCUGAGUGUGUUGACUUGAAUCGAGAAUAAUUUGACUUUUGGGAAAUAAGCUUAUUCACUUUCUGGCAGAGAGUUAGAGAUGAGAAGAUUGAUACCACUCUCAAACAUUUAAUUAGUUUAGCUUACCACAAAAACUGGAAACAAGGUAAAAUGGCUAGUCUGGCAGCAUCAAAUGAUAACAUAAUCCUCCUACAGAAACUCUAAAGCUCACAAAUGAACACGUUGUAUUUAAUUUUGUUUAAUCUGUUCACAAACCAAAGUGUAAAGUUUGAGCAACUGUGGCUCAGGGGAUACAGCGGGUCCACACUUAUUGGAACCUCAGCGGUUCGAUCUCCCGGCCUCUCCAGUCUGCAUGUUGCGAAGCGUCCUUGGAUACUAAACAUUUGCUUCAAAACAACAAAUAGUAUUUUGAAGAACAUACAGUAAAUGAGCUUAAACAAGCACUUUAAACGUGAAAAAGAGAUGGAUGGAUACACAGCAACAAAAUCCAAUGUAGACAAAUCAUAUCAUGUACAAAUAUUUAAAAAACAUUUUUCCAUGUCAACCAGGUGCUACAUACUGCAUAAUUUCUUUUCAAUGACAAUCACUGUAUACUGUAGAAAUUUAUAAUAAAUAAGUAUUUCCUGGCAAGAGUACAGAAGAGACUUCAAUCCAUUAAUUUAAGGGAAUGUCGUACAUUUUUACGCAGGGUACAUUUCGAUGCCGUUCAUCACAUCAAAGAUAAUUUAUUUUAGGAUGUGUUAACAUGGCAAUAUAAAAUUAAUGAGUAUAAAUAUGUUGAAUGUGUUUUGCCAUCUUCUAGGGCUCUAAGUUGCAUGUAGCACUGUACAGUAGGCGUCGAUGAUCAGUUAACCUGCACGGCUGACUGCAGUUUGUGUCAUCAUCUGUCUGCGUGUUUGGUUGUAUAUAUUGUGGACAUGUGUAUUUAUUUGUGUGUUCAUUCAGAAGCUGAUAAAGGAACAUUUGAAAUGCUGCGAUCAGAUCCAGAUCCAGAACACAGUAUCUGUAAUCCAUAAACAUGUCAUGUGCAUGUUUAAGGGUUUGUCUCAUAUGCUCUCUCUAUUCUGACUCUGUUUACAAAAAUCAAACCAUUUUACAACAUUUAGUUAGAGUUCAUCUACUUGCACUCAUUCUCAUUGCGCUCUAUGUUAUUCUCAACAGGAAAUGGGAAUUGUAUAGCGUGUAGCUGUGUAGUGUUAUUAUCAAGCACAAUCAUACAAUCAACUGUAAUGUAAUGUAAAUAUUGCAAUGACUGUUGAUGAUAAUCUUAUUGUAUUAGAAUAGUCUGAUCUGUUUAAUGUUGUACUUUAUAUUUAAUAUAGACUAGAUGUGUCUCAACUCCAUUUUGUCUGUACAUAUGAUUGUAGAUGGUUUAUUUAUCAAACGUAUAUUUAUCAAAGACAAUAUAAAAAUAUGAGGCUAUUUCUUUUAUGUUUGUAUUGCUACAGUCACAGCUGUUCUGAAUUUAUCAGGAAAUGGAAAUGAACAGCUGGAUUGUUGUUUUCCAGAGUCCACUGCAUGAGGUCAUGUGUCUCAAACCAAGUCCUCCCGCCGCCAUGCUUUCAGGUGUUGUCAUAUUUUUGCCUCCAUUUUUAAUACUCCUUUUUCAUUUGAGACAUGAAAGGAUGGUUAUUUUAGUCUGGUGAUGUGUAGAUAAAUAAUGAACCUGAAGCAGUUGUUAUAUUAAAGAUUAAAUGCUAACUUUAUGUAACUUUUAUUCACUUCAAGGUGUUCUGUGUCAUCAUUUAUGAUGUGAAAUACAAAUUAGAUUCAUCUGCAGAAAUAGCUUUGUUUUCACUGUAUAUCAUUUUCUGCACAGAUUUUCACUUGUUUAUCAUUUUCAGCCAUGCUAGCAGCAUGGCUCUGGGGAUGGCAGAGUCAGUCCACAAUUUUGGUCCCAAAUUAAAAUAUCGAAACAACUUUUUGAUCAAUUUCCAUGAAAUCUUGUACAGAUUUCCAUGGUUCCCAGAUAAUGUAUCGUAAUUUCUUUGGUGAUCCCCUGACUUUUCCUGUAGCACUACCAUGAGAUUCACAUUUGUGGAUUUGAGUAAAGUGUCUCAACAACUACUGGAUGGAUUGCCAUGAAAUUUUGUAAUAACUUAGGUGAUCCUUGUACUUUUUAUUUAGCUCCAUCAUCAGGUCUAAAUUUUAAUUUGUACAAUACUUUGGUUUAUGACCAAAUAGCUUCAAAAUGAAUGACAGCUGUGCUUUGUGUUUAGUGUACACACUAAACUAAGAUGAUGAAUUACAUUAUACCAUCUAAACAUUUUAGCAUUUAGAUUAAAGCACCACUGUGCCUAAGUACAGUACAGCCUCACAGAGCUUCUAGCAUGGCUGCAGACUUGUUUCUGUCUAAUUUAAACACACUGCAGCAAUAUGGCACAGUCAAUGGUGCCUUAUUAGAGUCCAUUACUUUAUUAUUAUAUUCAGAUUUGACAAAGUCACUGAUGUAAUCUACAACAAGGCAAGUGAAGGUGGAACCCCAAAUGAAAACGUACACAUCAGUGACUGCUGGGUGAAUGUAGAAGUGCUCAAAUGUGAUCACACAAAGAAACACUCAUUGAUUUAUGACUUUAUGAUCCUAAUGUUUGUGGUGGAGAUAUACUCAUGAAAAUCCUGGCUGCAAACCCACUUUUCAAUAAAGUAAGCUGAUUGUUUGU